AUGGCCGCCACAAACGGAGUCGAGCUGCCAGAACAGCAAGCGCAACCAGUUCAGAACGUAGAAGAGCACCAUGCAGACGAGCAAAACGAAGACGACGAUAUUGACGACUUGUUCGACGAUGACGAUGAGAUUGUGCCAGAAUUAAUUUCAGGCGACCAUGGCGACUUUACAAAGGCCUACAAUCGCCAGCGAAAACUGAAUGAUGCCAACAUACCAGACGACCACAAACCCAAGACGAACCCUCAAAAGCCGUCAGCAAAUACAAACGCUUCCAUCGAUGAUCAGGUUGCCUCACUCGCGAAGCAUGCAAGCAAAAUCCGGCUUACUGGGCGAAUGACGGGAGCAUCUGGUGGCAAUGCAAGGGACAAGGAUAAGGCAGAUCGCGCCACGACUGAGCAGGUGUUGGAUCGAAGGACGCAAAUGAUCCUGUUGCAACUGAUCAACCGCGGCGUCAUUUCCGAACUUCACGGUGUCAUUUCCACCGGCAAAGAAGCAAACGUCUACCAUGCCAUGUCAGAGCCGUCGGAGGAUGGCGCGCCCCCUGUCCAUCGCGCUGUAAAGGUCUAUAAGACCUCCAUUCUUGUCUUCAAGGAUCGCGCAAAGUAUGUCGAGGGUGAGUUUAGGUUCAGACAAGGAUACAAUAAGAGCAACAACCGCGCCAUGGUGAGAAUGUGGGCAGACAAGGAGCGCAGAAAUUUGGCCAGAAUACAUGAUGCGGGUAUUCCCUCACCCGAGGCAUAUGCGCUACGGAACCACGUUCUGGUCAUGGGCUUCGUAGGUGACCGAAAGGGCAAGGCCGCACCACGACUAAAAGACGUACGCUUCGAGGGCUUGACCGCCGAGGAGGAAGAUGCGAAGUGGACCAGCUUGUAUGUCCAAAUGAUGGCCUAUGUCCGUAUACUCUACCAGACAUGUCGCCUUGUUCACGCCGAUCUGAGCGAGUACAAUAUCCUGUACCACGAGGGCAAGCAGUGGAUGAUUGACGUGUCGCAAGCCGUUGAGCACGAUCACCCACGCUCCCUCGAGUUUCUACGCAUGGACCUGAAGAACUUGUCUGAUUUCUUCCGGUCACGCAACGUCGAGACUCUCAGUGAGCGCAAAGCAUACGCAUUUGUUACCGGUGCAUCGGGCGCAAAGGAUAUGAAGGAGGUAUCAAAGAUUGAAGACACAAUCCGCGAACUGCUCAACACACGACCUUUGACUGAGGAAGAAAAGAAAAAGGAAGACGAGGAUGAUGAGGUUUUCCGCAACCAGUACAUCCCACAGACCCUCGACCAGGUCUACGACAUUGAGCGUGAUGCUGAGCUGGUCAACGCCGGCGCUGGCUCCGAUCUGCCGUACCAGGCUCUUCUGGCCGAUAAGGUCGUCAAUAACGCAUCUGAUGGGUCGCAUACGGAUGCUGAGACAGACGAUGGAAGCUCAGACACGUCUGAGGUUGAUCAAAGUAUCUUUGAAAAGGGCCCCAGCCGUGGCAAGAAGCAUCUUGAUCACGAUGAGAAGGUAGCGCAUAAGAAGGCCAUUAAAGAAGAGAAGCGUGAGAAGCGGAAAGAAAAGAUGCCCAAGCAUAUGAAGAAGAAGCUUGUAAGCUCUGGCAGCCGGAAGAAGUGA